CCGCCCCUGCUCCGGUUCAGUCCGGCGCGUUCUGGUACUUUUCCACUGUUUACGUCGUGAGGUCAGCUGUUUCGGAUUGACGUCAUAGCCUAGCCUUCGCAACGCGGCUCUGUGAUUGGUGGACGUCUGAGGGCCUGGCGUCCAGGCCCCGCCCACAACCGCGUGCGCGCGGCGGUUGCAUCAUCACUCCGGCUCGCGCUGAUGUGUCGUGGUCCGUUCAUGUGCCGUGGGGCCGGGUUUCGUUCGACCCCGGCGGUUUCCCGUGCGCAGUUUCCUGCCGGUCCGUCUGCGAGUCGGUCGUGUCGUGUUGUGGACGUUUCGCACUCGGGACACAGCGGGCGUGCUUCCGUCCGGUGACUCGGGCCGUCGGCUGUCUGUGAGUGCGUGAAGGAGUUGAAGUUUGAACUCUCGAGUGUCGGAGCACUCAUGACAAGGACACACCAAGGUUAAUUUUAGCUGAUAGUAGGAAACUUUGGGUCUGUGAUCAUGAAGUUUUCGAGAUGUUUCAGAGGUCUGGCGCAAAUGCUGGACACCUACUCAGGGUACAAGCCGUCUCCAUUGUCCAUCAAACAGUUCAUCGAUUUCGGGACCACGGCCUCGGAGCGGCAGAGUUUCCAGUUCCUGCGUCAGGAACUGCCGGUGCGUCUGGCCAACAUCAUGAUGGAGAUCCAGCUGCUGCCGGAGAGCCUGCUGUCGCAGCCGUCCUGCCGUCGCGUGGUGGACUGGUACCAGCAGAGCUUCAGCGAGCUGCUCCAGUUUUGCGCCGCCAACCCGGAGAGCUCGGCCGCCAGGGAUGACUUCUGCGAGUCGCUGGUAAACAUCCGAAACCGGCACAGCGACGUAGUCCAGACGAUGGCGAAGGGCGUCAUCGAGCUCAAAGACAACACGCGCGUCGACUGCUCCACGGAGAACAACAUCCAGUACUUCCUCGACCGGUUCUACAUGAACCGCAUCAGCAUCCGCAUGUUGAUCAACCAGCACACGCUGCUGUUCGGCUCGGGACUGGGCGGCGACCCGCGGCACAUCGGCUGCAUUGACCCGUACUGUGACGUGGUUGAGGUGAUCAAGGACGCGGCAGCCAGCGCGCGCUUCCUCUGCGAGCGCUACUACCUGGCCUGUCCGGAGCUGGUCGUCUCACAGUUCAACGAGACCUUCCAGCGCUCCAACAAACACCCCGACGCCCUUCCGCCGCCGAUGCAGCUGACGUACGUGCCGUCGCACCUGUACCACAUGCUGUUCGAGCUGCUGAAGAACGCCAUGCGGGCGGUGGUGGAGAACCACCCGACCGGCGCCGAGCUGCCGCCCAUCCAGCUGUACGUCAUCCUCGGCGGAGAGGACCUCGUCAUCAAGAUCUGCGACCGUGGGGGCGGCGUGUCGCGAGCCACCUCCGAGCGUCUGUUCCAGUACCUGUACUCGACGGCGCCGCGUCCUCCGCAGGACCCCAGCACUCCGCCGCUGGCAGGUUACGGAUACGGGCUGCCUCUCUCCCGGCUGUACGCGCGCUACUUUCAGGGCGACCUGGUCAUCAACUCGUGCGAGGGCUACGGCACGGACGCCACCAUCUUCCUCAAGGCCCUGGCGCAGGACAUGAAGGAGGUGCUGCCGCUGUACAACCGGGCAGCGCAGCAGCACUACCAGAACGGCUCCCAGGCGCCUGACUGGUCCUCCGUGCUGGGGUCCUCCGGAGCGCGACCCCGCUCGACCCCCACCGACAGCCCUCCGAAACCGGCCUCUUCCACCGCGCGGAAACCCAGCCGGCCGGCCUCCGCCGCCGUCAGCAGUCUGAGGAACAUCAGCACGGGCAGCGCCGCCUCCGGUCAGGGCCAGAAGGCGGCGUAGCCUCGCGGCUGUCCGGCUGGGUCGGGAGAUCCCUGCAGCGUCGGGCUCCGGUCGGUUGAGCAGAUGUCGCGGAGAGGCGACUGUGGCGCCGCGGUGACUGAAGCGUCACCUGGAUUAGAGCAUCCUCCGCUCUUCUUUGACUCGCCGGCGAUCAGUGAACUGAAAUACUGUGUAAUUGUCUGUCUGUUGUCUGAACGAUCAGCUAAUGGCUGAGGACACUUGGUCUUGGAGUGGUGGAACACAGAAACGGGUCUCUGCGAGUGUGCUUUGUUUGAGCUGUGUGUCAUUGGUGUCGUUUGUACUUAGACAUGACCGGUCGCCGCUCGUGUGUCGUGUCCAUUGUCUGCAGUGAGGUGCGAUGGUCGGAAUAAGGGAGGGGCGGGGGUCCAGUGCAUGGACAGAGUGGUUGGGACGCUCCUAGGCAGAGAUCCUAUGGGAUUGUCCCUUGGUCGUCUCAGGGAGCUCGUAUCAGCGGGAGCGGGCCGAAAUCUGGCUGUUUGUAAACAAUGCAGUGACAUGUGACGGUAGCCCGUCGCAAGUACGGUUAGGCGUGUUCUUGUGAUGAGCGGAGGCUUUGUAUGGAAAUACUGGGCAAGGUUUUAAGCCGUUUGUUUAGCUUUUGGUAAUGCUUCGUGGAUCGAAGCUCAACGCCUUUUAGUUGUGUAUUUCGGUCGCUGCCUUUCUUAUGCAGGAGUGUAUUUACCAAUUAUGUAUGUAAAUUGGUUAUCGUACAGCUCCGUUCAGCAUCAACGUGAGAUCCGCCGGACUAGCUGGUGCAUCUGCGUUUCGUAGGUCGCCUAUCCGUGUCCCAACCUUCUGUAAUCGACCCUUGCCGCGAUGUUUCCUGUGUUCAGAGCUUUCCAUGAAUAACCUCGAUAUUUUUUCACUUUUCUACCAUGCCUAGCCUUGAAAUUUCAAACAUGACAUUCGCGAUCGGUGUCUUCAAGCAUACCAUCCAAUGACUUGCUCGUUGGGGUAUGGUAUUUGUCGAGUGCCCACGGGCUUUUAUUGCAUCGAUGCGAAUAUAUUUAUUUGCCGGUGUUUUACUUUGUUUGUUUGCCGUUACAUCAACACGUUGCACAUUGCGCCGCUGCAUGUGCUACGCUGCCCCGAAUCUUUGUGACUGCGGACACCAGUCUGGAUAUAUCAGAUCUUUGUAUCUUUUUAAAUGUUCAGCGACUUGAAGGAUUCCGGAACGGACUAUGUGAAGCGAAACGAGAUGACUGUAAUCGCGACGCCCCGUGUGGAUUGUACAUGAUGGUAAUACAUCCGUACAAACGUA